AUGACCGAGGCCGCAAAACAGGCAGCAAAGUUCCUGAAGUCAACACUUCGCCUACCGGUCUCCACAUUCCCAGCGCGCGCUCCGCCGCAAGACAUCGCCAAGUACCUCCCACGAUGCACAGAUGACCUGUAUGCCUGGCAGCGCCAGGCACGUACUACCUCACCAACCUUCACACUCCAUGAUGGGCCGCCGUACGCCAACGGUGACCUCCACGUAGGCCAUGCCCUAAACAAGAUCCUCAAGGACAUAAUAUGCCGUACAAAACUGUCCCAGGGGAACAAGAUAGACUACGUGCCCGGAUGGGACUGUCACGGUCUACCUAUAGAGCUGAAAGCGCUCGAGAAGCAUGGCUGGCAGCGUGGAGAAGGUAAAGACCCGGUUGCCAUCCGCAAGGCGGCACGGAACUUUGCAUUGAAAGCGGUCGAAAAGCAGAUGAAGGGCUUCAAGGCUUGGGGUGUCAUGGCGGACUGGGAGGGCCAUUGGAAGACGAUGGACAAAUCGUUCGAAUUGCGGCAGCUCCAGGUGUUUCGAGACAUGGUCGAGAAGGGUUUGAUCUACAGAAAGCACAAGCCUGUGUAUUGGAGCCCGAGUUCGGGGACCGCGCUGGCAGAGGCGGAACUCGAGUACAAGGAGGACCACGUCAGCACGGCGGCCUACGUCAAGUUUCAGCUGGACAAUUCAAAACCUGGCGAUGGCCCAUUGCAUGCACUUAUCUGGACCACCACGCCCUGGACGUUACCUGCCAACCAGGCUAUCGCGGUUCACAGGGACCUGGCAUAUUGCGUCGUAAAAUCAGCUAGGCACGGAAGGCUUGUUAUUGCGGAAGCCCGGAAGGAAGCAGUCGAGAAAGCAAUCGGUGAAGAUCUCUCUUUCGAAAAAGUGUUCGACCCAGCAGAGUUGCUCGAAAGCUCCUACCACGGCCAUUCAGCAUUCCGACCAUUCUCACUGAAUCGUCCCAUCGUCCACGCCGAUUUUGUCUCGGCGGACAGUGGGACAGGUCUCGUUCAUUGCGCUCCAGGUCAUGGUAUGGAUGACUAUCUCGCGCUUUCCGACCACAUCUCGGCAGGAAGAGUUGUUGUCAGAGCACCUGUCGGUGAUCUAGGUCGGUUCGACGCUACAGCUACGCCGGAGAAGCCGGACCUUCUCGCUGGCCUUCAGGCCUCUACCGAGGGUAACAAGGCUGUGCUCGACCUGCUUCGGGAGUCUAACGCCCUGGUUCACCACGCUAGCUAUCAGCACAAAUACCCAAUUGACUGGCGCACGAAAGAGCCGAUCAUGAUUCGGGCGACCGCCCAAUGGUUCGCUGAUCUGUCCUCGAUCCGUAGCGAUGCACUUGCUGCACUGGGAAACGUUCGUUUCAUUCCAGAGAGUGGCAAGUCGAGACUACGCAGCUUUGUUGAAAGCCGGACAGAAUGGUGCAUUUCGAGACAACGCUCGUGGGGCGUACCUAUUCCAGCAUUCUACCAUCGCGAGACUGGCGAAGCCGUUCUCAGUGCCAGCACCGUGGAUCAUGUUAUCAGGGUCAUGGAUGAGCGAGGUACCAACGCUUGGUGGGCCGAUGGUCCAGAUGAGCCGGCCUGGCUGCCCGAAGGUCUCGAGCCUUCUGACUACGUCCGUGGCACCGAUACAAUGGACGUCUGGUUCGAUAGCGGAACAAGCUGGAAAUUCAUGACGGCAGGCAGCGACGCUGCUGGUAGUCAGCAGCAACCUGUCGCAGACGUUUAUCUUGAAGGCACUGAUCAACAUCGUGGCUGGUUUCAAUCUAGUCUCCUCACCGCUGUCGCAGCCCAGAAAGCAAGCGGAAUUACCACGGAUCUAAUGUCGGCGCCUUUCGAAACAUUGCUUACACACGGCUUUACACUCGAUGCACAUGGCAAGAAGAUGUCGAAGUCGCUUGGAAAUGUUGUCUCACCCGACGAAAUCAUCACUGGGCUUGCAACAUCCGCAGCGGUCCCGCCGUCCCCACCAUCAACCAAGAAGAAAUCCCGCGAGAACCACUCUCUUGGUCCAGACGCACUCCGCCUAUGGGUCGCAUCGACUGACUUCACAAAAGAUGUCACAAUUAGCGACAAAGUCGUCAAAUCCACCCACUCUGCUCUAGACAAGCUACGCGUUACGUUCAAAGUCCUCCUCGGCAUGCUUGGCCCCGACUUCGACCCAACUGCCGGCCUUCUUCCCUUCAAGGACCUCGCCCAACUCGACCAGCUAAUGCACCAUCGCCUGUUCAGUACCAUUGAGCAAGUUCGAUCCGCAUACGACAAAUACGAAUUCCACCGCGGCAUCGCCCUCAUCAACAAAUUCGUCGCCACCGACUUAUCCGGACUCUACCUCGAGAGCGUCAAGGACAUCAUCUAUUGCGACGCAGUCAACUCGCCACGCCGGAAGAGCGCGGUCACUACCCUCUACGACAUCUUUGCCUCCUUACAAGAGCUGCUCGCGCCGGUGUUGCCGCUCCUAGUGGAGGAGACAUGGGAGCACUCCUCGGCUGCGGUCAAAGCCGAUGCGGAAAGGCACCCACUCCGCCGCACUCGUUCAAAUUUGGAGGCGAAGCUUGAGCAAUGGAAGCCGGGUGCUAGCAGUGCGGAGCUGUGGUCAACACUCAACCUGAUAAAUUCCACGACGAAAGCGGCGCAAGAGGUUGCGAGGAAUCAGAAGAAAUUGGGGCAGAGCCUGGCGUCUGAUGUGGUCAUCUACGUUAAACCUCCUGAGAGAUGUGAUUUCGCUGAAUUGAUCAAAGAAGUCAUUGUAGACGCGUGGCGGGAACUACUAGUUGUGAGCGAUGUGCGGAUCGUCAUAGCGGACCGUCCUGACUUUCAGGAGGACGACAAGAAUCCAAGCUCCUGGAACAACUGGCUAAAAGAGAUGCAGGAUGCAGAGGAGGACGAUGAGGAUGGUAGUUGCAGAUCGGUUGAGCUCGAGGGAGGCAAGACUGUGGGCUGGAGGGUGACGCGGAAGAUUGGGUGUUUUCCGGAAGUUGAGGCUGUGGUGGUUGUGCAGGAGGCGGGGGCCGGGAAGUGUGCUAGGUGUUGGCGGUAUUUGGUUUCCUCGCCUGAGCUUGAACCUGAGGGCAAGUGUGGAGAGCGGGUGACUCGUGCGGAGGGGCAAGGAGACCUGCUGGAGGAUGUGCCGCUAUGCGCACGGUGCGUCGACGUUGUACAACAUUUCAGGGAGGGCUGA